GCUUGCUUGAGCAUCUUUACUAGUAAUACCACAGCCAUAACAUACUGCUACUGGUAAAGUUGACAACUGCACAAGGCACUGACAUUUGCCUGCACACAAAAAGAAAUUUAUGAAUUAAUAAAAACAAAUAUUCUUUCAGGACUAUCUUUCGGAUUAUAAUCUUUAUCAUUAAAUACUUUUUAUUUUUCAUGAUAAACAACUUAGACUACAUGUAAUGUAUAGCAUAUGGUAGAAAAGUGAAAUCAUGGAUGCAAUUAAAUUAGCGAAAAACAUAGUUAGAAAGGAAAUUAAAGGAGUUAUUAAUAAUAUGAGUCAAGAAGAAAAAGUACGUCAGUCAGACACAGUAUGUAAAAAGGUAUUCGAUUUACCUGAAUUUCAAUCGAGUGAAAGAAUCUCCAUAUACUUAAGUACUGAUAAUGAAAUUAAUACAUUUCCGAUAUUGGCUUAUUUGUUUAAAAUAGGCAAACAAGUAUUUGUGCCCAAAUACAAUGGUAAAAACAUGAUGAUGGUAAGAUUGCAUUCAUUAGAAGAUUUCGAUAAUUUACCAUUGACGAAGUGGAUGAUUAAACAGCCAAAUGAUAAUAAUAGAGAAGAUGCAUUAAAAACAGGUGGAUUGGAUCUUAUUAUAUGUCCAGGUGUAGCAUUUACAAGAACAGGCAAACGACUUGGUCAUGGAAUGGGUUAUUAUGAUAAGUUUAUGAACAAUUAUUAUAAGUGUGAAAGUCAUAAUAAAAACCCGCAUUUAAUUGGCGUUUGUUUUAACGAGCAGAUAAAAGAUGAUAUUCCAACUUCUGAAAGCGAUGUUACUUUGGAUAAAGUAAUAAGUGAAAACUGAUAAAUCAGUCAUGAUACUAAAUAAAACCGGUAAAACGUAGAAUUUAUAGUUCAAAAACAAUUGAUAUGAUGAAAAUGAAGGUUUUGUACAAUCAAGAUAUA